AUGUAUUAUGAUGAAGACUUAGGUCCUUGGGGCAGUGAUGAUUAUAGACCUCGUUCACGAUAUCAUAGUUAAAUGACAGUACCAUUACAUAAAGAAAAGACAGAAAUAAAAGAAACUCAUCAAACAAUACAUUAGAUAUUAACAGCAAAGAAAAGUGAAUUACCUAAGUUAAAAUUGAAUAGUUUAUCACCAAGACAAGUAGUGAAAUAACAAUAUAUCAACAAAUUCAUAAAAAUUAAGGAAUCUCCAAAUGAGAAACAUUUUUUGCCAUAACUCUCAUUAAUCAAAAUGAAACCCCAUCAUACAAAACCUAAGGUUCGAAACACUGAUAUACAUGUAAUAUUUGAAAUCGAAAAAAUUAUUCGUCGAAACCAUGGUUACAUCCCAACUCAUAAGUACACUACUUCUACUAUAAUUUGAUCAUAUAUAAUCAUUUUUUCCUUA